AUGACACAGUCGUCUACUCCUGGUUCCAAGUCAUUUCCAGAGCCCAUAGCUGCCAAUCCUUCCACGCCGAGCCUCUACCGGUUUGGACCUAACCGACACCAACUUGGGCAGAACGCAUUCACCAGGAUUCGAACCCCUGAGCGGAGCUUCACUAUAAGCUGUCCCGCUGGUUCGUUCGCCAGAGCAGCAAAGGUUCCCGAGGCGGAGAGCGUGCGAUUCGAUCCGAGGUUCGAUAGCAAGCCAGUACUGGCUGUUGGGACUGAGGCUCGGUUGCGUGCGGAUGGAAGAGAGGAGGGAGAAAGUGAGGGAGGGGAAUCAGAGGAGAGCGAGAUUAGAGUGGGAAGGGAGGAGGUGGAUGGCAGAGGAGAGCGUACGAGACGUGGUAGGAGAGCAAGCGCUGUGGAGGGAAAGGUUGAGAGAGGCGGUUGGAAGCGUGGAGGGAGGGGAGGAUGCAAGGCGACAGAGGAGGAGGAGGAGGCUGUGGCAGUGAUUGCUGGAGUAUUGAAGGGAAAAUUCGGGCCUCAGAUUGUGAGAGAGGAAGGGGAGGAGGAGGGGUCUACAAACGGAAGUAUUACGGACGAGGAGGCGAAGGGUGCAGAAGGAGAGGAGAAGGUGGAUGGGAAUGCGGAAGCAGAGGGCGCGGAAUUUGAGGGAGAAGAGGAUGAGGAAGGGAACGAGGGGGAAGACGCAGCAGCAGAAGCAGAAGAAGAAGCGAGUGAUGAGGACGGACAACCUACCACAUCUCCUCCCACACCCCCUCCUCCACUCAACAGCCCUCGGGUCGUAUCUCCCUCCUCCCUCCUCUCCCUCUACCGCUUCUUCUCCUCCCACCUCGGCAUCACCUCCCCUUCCACUGUCGCUUCAGUCCUCGCCUCACGCCCUGCCCUCAUGCGUUCUGAUCCUGCCAGUGACCUGCUGCCACGUGUCCACCUCCUCCAGUCGUAUGGCGUAUCCCGCGCCGACAUGUCAGCCAUCACCAUGAACAAUGCUUCCUGGUUUCGAUGCUCCCUUGCCCAGGUUCGGGAAAUGCUUGACUUUCUCUUGGCUCGGGGCGUACGCCGGACCAAGCUAGGUAUGGUGCUCCGGAAGUCUCGUUAUCUCAUGACCAUGCGGCUUCGUUCAGCGAACCUGGACAUUCUGGUGGAGAGAGCAGGGGUUCCUGUGGACAAGCUGGGUGUGAUUAUAGAGAGGGGCCCGACUAUCCUAUGCUUGAGGGAGGAAACCAUACAACGUCGUCUCGAGCAGGUAUCAACGUUUUUUACUAACGGAUACGGAGAAGAAAGCAUCAACAGCGGCCACCUGAGGCAACACCUGAACCGGCAGCACAAGGAUGACCUGAGCAAAGUCCUGGUGUUUUUUCCAAAAAUCCUCCUCAGGCCUCCCGAGCGCAUUGCUACCAACCUCCGCCACCUCCAGUCCUUCACCCCCCCUGGCAGCCCUUCUGUUGCCAUACCUGUUCUCCGCCAGGCUCCCACUCUCUUGUCCCAGAGCUCACAGAAUAUCCUAUCUAAGCUCCAGUACUUAGAGAAGUUGGUGGGGAAGAAGGUAGCAGGGACUGUGUUGCGCAGCCAUGCGGCGGUUCUUAUUCUAUCUUUAGAGAACAUGCAAGGCAAGGUGGCGUUGUUGGGCGAUCUGAUUGGCCGAGAGAACGCUGUGCUUGCAGUGGCACGGUAUCCUUCGAUGCUGGCGUCUAAUGGGGAGAGCCUGAAGAGGGGUUUCAGCGAACUUGUGCGAGAAGUGGAAGAGGCUUUGGAGGGUGGUGAAGAUGAAGGGUAUGCACGAGAAAGCCCGUAUGUUGAAGAGCCUCAAAUUGAUGCAAAGGAUGCAAGAGAGCGUGCGGAGCAAGGGGGGAGAGCGCUGCCGAAGAAUGGUGGAGAAAGGAGAGAAGGGCGGUACUUGGAGGGAGUUGGCAGUGAUAGGAGUGGAGAAGGGAAGGAAGAGCAUAUGGAAUUGGAAUAUGGGGAGGAAGAUGGUGAGAUGGAUGAGUUGGGGGUUAGGAAGGUUGAGUAUCAAAGUGUAUUGGAUUCUAUGCAAGACAGCUAUGAUGUGUUGGGGAGAAAAGGUGCUGCGGGCCGGCGCGGCGUGAAUCAACAGCAGGGAUGGGAGGUGGCGUGCUUGACUCAGUUGCUUGGACGCACGGACAAGGAGUUUGAAAAGAGAUUCAAGGCGGAGAGCGCAAAUCCGCGAUUUGAUCCGAGCUUCGAUGGCAAGACAGUGCUGACGGUUGAGACCGACGCUCGGUUGCGUGCAGAUGGAAAAGAAAAGGGAGAAAGAGAGGGAGGAGAAUCAGAGGAGAGCGAGAGUAGAGUGGGAAGGGAGGAGGCGGAUGGCAGAGGAGAGCGUACGAGACGUGAUAGGAGAGCAAGGAAAGUGAAGGGAAAGGUUGAGGGAGACAGGAGGAAGCGUGGAGGGAGGGGAGGAUGCGAGGUAACAGAGGAGGAGAAAAAGGCAGUGGCGGUGAUUGCUGGAGUGUUGAGAGAGAAGUUCGGGCCUCAAAUAGUGAUAGAGGAGGAGGAGGAGGGGGGGGCAGCAAAUGGAAGGAUUACGGAUGAGGAGGAGGCUAAGGGACGACAAGAAGAGGAAGAGGUGGGGUAUGGGGAUGAGGAAAUAGAGGGCUCAGAAGUUGAGGAGGAAGAGGAUGAGGAAUGGAAGGAGGGGGAAGACGCAGAAGCAGAGGCAGGAGCGAGUGAUGAGGACGGAACACCCGCCACAUCUCCUCCCACGCCCCCUUCUCUACUCAAGAGGCGGCGGGCUGUUUCUCCCUCCUCCCUCCUCUCCCUCUACCGCUUCUUCUCCUCCCACCUCGGCAUCUCCUCCCCUUCCACUGUCGCUUCCCUCCUCGCCUCUUACCCUGCGCUCCUUCGGUCUGAUUCCACCAAUGACUUGCUGCCACGUGUCGAGCUUCUAGAGUCGUAUGGCAUUUCCCGUGCCGACAUCUCGACCAUCACAAUGAGUAACCCUUUCUGGCUCCGAGUCUCCCUUCCCCAGUCCUUCACUCCCCCUGACAGCCCCUCCAUUGCCAUCCGGGUUCUCCGCCAGGCCCCCUCUCUCGUCCACCUCAGCUCUCAGAAUAUCUUAGCUAAGCUCCAGUACUUAGAGGAACUGGUAGGGAAGAAGGCAGCCGCAUGUGUGGUGCGAAGCCAUCCAACGGUUCUUCUUCUAUCCAUAGAGAACAUGCAAGGCAAGGUGGCAUUGUUGGGCGAUCUGAUUGGCCGAGAGAACACUGUGCUUGCAGUUGCACGGUUUCCUGUGCUGCUGGCUUCUAAUGAGGAGAACAUUAAGAAGGGUUUUAGAGAGCUCGUGCGAGAGGUGGAAGAGGCAAUGGAGGAGAGUAGGGGAGAGGAGAGUGGGAGGCACUUGCUUGAGGAAGGUGCUAGGAAGCUUGUGCAUGAGGUGGGAGAGGCAUUGGAGGGUGGUGAAGGUGAUGGGGUUGCAAGAGAAAGCCCGGCUUUUGAAGCGUGUCAAAAGGAUGCUAGAGAACGUGCGGAGCAAGGGGGGAGCGAUGCUGGCUGUCAAUCAGGGGUCGAGGCCUGGGCUGAAGAAGAUUCAGAAGAAGGAUCAGGUUCUACGAGCAUUGCUGCCACAACAACAGCUUGUGAGCUCGUGGUGAAGCUGGUGGUUACGUUCCCGAAUUCUAUUUGCUACAGUUGGGAGAGGAACACGAGGCACAAGGUGGAAUACUUAAAGCGGGACAUGGGGCUCUCUAUAAAGGAGGUGCUUGCGUUCCCUCACUUCCUUGGGUACAGCUUGGAGCGGCGAAUCAGACCGCGACAUGUGGCACUGGUGAGCAGAGGCUUUGUGUUGGUGCCGCAUGAGGAAGCUUUGCCAAAAAAUGGUGCAGGGAGAUGGCACUUGGAAGGCAUUUCUAAUGGGAGGAGCGGGGCAGAAGGGAAGGGAGCAGCAGGGGAGGAUGUGGGUGGGAAAGAUGAGGUCGGGGUGAGGAAGCAUGAGGAUCGAACUGCUUUGGAAUAUGCACAAGACAGCUAUGCUGCGUUGGGAGGGGGAGGGGCUGUGGCUGUGAAUGCUUUAUCUCAGCGAGGUGAAGGUUGGCGGCAGGGAGGGAAGGCGGUGUGCUUGACUCAGUUUCUUGCGUGCACAGGCGAGGAGUUUGAGAAGAAAUUCCAAGUCGAGCUUGCUCCGUUCAUGCUGGAAGCUCAUCCCUAG